AUGAUUGAACGGUCUCUGCCAAUAUCAAUUAAUGGUAUAAGAGAAUCAGAAGGUGAAAUUGAUAAUAUUCAGCAAACGAUGGAUCAACAACAACCAGCAACGGUAAAAUUUCUCGAUUCCACCAAGCAUAUCUUCUAUGUAUCGAAAAAAGCUGAUGGAGGUGAGUUGUUUGAUAAAGUGUGCGCGUUUCUCGGUCUCAUUGAAAAAGAUUACUUCGGAUUAUGUUUCAUCGAUAGCGAUGGUAAUCAACAGUGGAUCUAUGAAGACAAGCGAAUUUCAAAGCAGCUGAAAGGUAAUCCGUGGAAUUUCAAUUUUCAAGUGAAAUUUUAUCCAACAGAACCGGCAACAUUGGCUGGGGACAAAACGCGUCAUCUUUUAAGCUUGCAGGUUCGGCAAGAUAUUUCCACUGGCAGACUUCCAGCAACCCUUGCUACACAUGCUUUACUGGGUUCAUACGUCGCGCAAUCUGUGCUAGGUGAUUACGAGCCCUCCUUACAAUAUAUCGAUUUUCUCAGAAGUUGCAAUUUGGCUCCAAUGCCAAAUGAAACACUUUACGAAAAAAUUGAAGAACUGCACAAACAUCACAAAGGUGAGACAUCUGCUGAAGCCGACUUACAUUAUUUGGAAAAUGCCAAGAAGCUUAGUAUGUAUGGCGUUCACCUCUUCAAUGCGAAGGAUGGAAAAGGUACGCCUGUUCAGAUUGGCAUCAGUGCUCAUGGGAUCAAUAUAUAUCUUGAUCAGAUCCGUGUGCAUCGUUUUCUUUGGCAAAACAUCAUCAAAAUUGGUUAUCGACGCAAUGUUUUUAUGAUCAAAGUUAAACCUGGUGAACUUGAGAAAAACGAAUCGACAGUUGCUUUCAAAUUAUCGGAUUAUGAAGGAGCAAAACGAGUUUGGAAAUGUGGCGUUGAGCACCAUACAUUCUUCAGAUUGAUCCAGCCGGAGGAAAAACCGCAUAAAGGCUUGUUCCGUUGGAGUUCGACUAGAUUUCGUUACCAAGGGCGCACUCAAUUCCAGUCAAAAAUGGCUUCGCAAAUGUUCUGCAACGUUCGACCAGUUCAACGUUCCCAGAGUGUUCGUUUAACUGCAAAUGAUAGAGACGUUCCAGUUCCAGUUUCAACAAGUCAAACUUUACCUCUGAUGUAUUCCGAGAGUGGAACCGGUAGGGAAUUAGAAUGGGAUAGCAGUCAGAUGAUUUCACCGGAAAAGAUAUAUUCAAAACAUGUCACGGAAGCUACGCAGAAGAGAGAAAAUAACGCAAUGCAAAACGGUGCAGAGGUGGGUAACACCAAUAAUACUUCAGGAAAACCGCUUCAUAGUAUCCAUUCUUCUGUUAUUUUUACUACUUCUGUUACAACAGCAACAACUGCUACUAAUAGCGCUGCCAUUACCACAACUAUUACUCCUCCUACUACUACUGUUACUAGUACUAGUCCUAUUACUGAGUAUUUCGAGCGGCCUUUAUCUCCUCAUGUUUCUCCACGUUCCAUAAAAAUUACGCGAGAUGCUGGUCUUACUACGCAUGAAUUUUCGGAUGGUGGUUUUCAUGGUUACGUAUCGGAUAAUUUAUCUGAUAGCAGACCAAGUAUAUCUGCACUGCGAAGGGGAAAGAAUACGGAGUUUUUCAUAGUUAAAGAUAAGGCAGUUGUUUAUCAUCCUGGACAUUAUGAAGAAGAAGUGACUGGAAGUCACAGCAGACGAUUUCGUGAACCACCAGUUGAACCAGAUGAUGAUUUCGUGCUAGUUCACAGACCAAAAUUAGGAUCAACGGGAAAAAUAUUCCACCAAAAUGGUGCAGAAACUGACAUUCUGAUAAAGGAAGAAGAUAUUGAAACGUAUCCACUACGUCACGUUGAUGAUAUCAGCCGUCCUGAUUUCUUGCGUUCGACUAGCAGAAACAAAGAUUUCAAAGUAUUUGAACAUGAGAAAUAUUUGAAAACAGAUGAUGUUGCAGAUAAACCAAGGAAAAAUAUCGUACAAAUGGUGAAUAAGGAAAAAUAUCUGACAAAUGAGAAAGAAUCUAUUUUGCAUACUGGACGUAGUAUGGAACCACUAGGGGCUGAUGCUUACGUUUAUAAUCAAGGAUUUUACGAUGCCAGAGAUCCAAGCCGAAUAGAUAUCGAUGAAAAAGACAACGUACAGGAUUGGCUUCGUUGUUAUAAAAAACCCGAAAAAUCUCCUACAAAGUUACUGAAAGACAAGAAUGCAGAAAUUAAAGAGAAGAAUAUGGUUGAUGAGUCCCGAUUUGUGGAUGAUCAAGAAAAUAAAACUAAGAAAAUUGCCCUUAUUCAUGUCAAGCAACCACGUUACGAAAAACAGGUCGUGCAAACAAGUUAUUACAAUGCGGAAUCAUCUGAAAGAGAACCUGAGAGGACAGCAUACUUAAAAGAAAGUAAGCCUGUAACAAGUGGGAUCAAAGCCAAUAAAAGUUUUGGCAACGAUACAAAGGAGGAAGGUUAUGAUUACACUCAGUUGAAGCAAACUUGUCAUCUUUUCGUCGGCACCUCAGAUAGUUGCCGUGUUAGGCCUGGAGCAUAUGGAAUGCCGUCAACCUCUUACGGUGAACUAUUACAUAAUAUUAAACGUGAAAAAGAGCUUCCAUCUUUACCAAUUCGUGAAUAUGUCACAGUUUAUCAUUCCGGUAUGUCGGUCGUUAAAGAUAGAAAACAUCGGAAAUUUUUGAUUCGAAAAGAGCAACAAAAGGCUACAUCAAGUGAAGCAUCAGCAGAUGAAGAGAUGCAAACCGAUAAAGGAAAGAAGUGGACAGCAAUUCUUGAUAUAUCUGGAGCUGACAAAAGUGAUUUAACUAAUGGUGGUGAUGUUGAAAAAAGGCCAGUCAACGAGGAAAUCAGAAGAAAAUAUAUGACACAAAACAUGAAAGAAAAGGAAUAUCUCGAUCAGAUGAAACCUGACCGCACAGUCGAUUCUAAAAUGCAAAAAUCCACGCAGAAUGUCAAAAGUGAAGGUGCCCAUCAGAAAAUGAAAGCUGUAUUGCAUUUUGACGAGGGUCACAGUAGUAAUACGAAAAAAGGAACUUUUCUCAAAAAAGCCGAUGAAUCAAAAAAUGAGCAUACGAUUCGACCGAUAUUCAGUGUAUCAGGUAUUGGAAAGUCGGUAGAAAAGUCUAAAAAAGCAGAAUUACCCGAGCAGUCAUGCAGUGUACAUAUUCUAGAUAAUACACCUCCUUCAGCGAAUUUAUCUCGAGUUAAUGAAAUUUCAUUUCAGCCUUUACAUCUUUCAAUGGAAAUUCAGAAUCAAAUACAAAACGUAUCACGUAAUUAUAGAACAUUUAAGAGAGCAAAACAUAAAGGUACCGUGGAAUUUGUCGGGAAAGAAAAUAUCAAUCCUGAAAGUUAUAAACUUGAAUGUACACCUUAUGAAGGUCCUUUGGAGAUCACAAAUUUUGCAAAAGAAUUACAUUUUGCGCCAAUUCAUAAGUAUUCCGCUGUAUAUCAUCAUGGUAACACUUAUGUGAAGUCGCGCAAAAUAGACAAACGAAAGAAUGCUGAAGACAUUCAGAAUGAAAAGAAACCUGGUAUUUUGGGAGCUAAAAGCACUGCUGUUUUGUAUCUGAACGAGAAUAAUUUUGACGCAGAGCAUCAUGAAGAAGAAAAGAAUAAUAGUGAAGCUUUCUUGACGAAAAAUAAAGAUCAAGGAACCAUGUACUCAGCAAAGAUUGCUUACAAAAUUCCGAGAAGAAAACCUAAAAAGCAUCCUUUCAAAUAUCGUACAGUUUCUGGUGAUAUUGAAAUUGUAGAGAAAUCUUUCGUGAAACCCGAGACAUAUAAUCUUAUUAGUGUUCCUUAUGAUGGACCAUUGAGUUGCUUGCAGUAUGCAAAGGAAUUAUCAUUCACACCUCUCCGGGAAUGUACAGCAGCAUAUCAUAGUGGAAUUUCCCAGAAGAAGACAAGAUUUCAUGAUAGCAGCACUGAAUCAAGUUCAAAUUCUAGUUUCAGUAGUAAUAGCAGUUCUUCAAGUUCAAGCGCUUUUAUCUCGAAGAAACAUGAAGAACGAAAGAAGAAAGCCAUACUAUAUGUUACUUCUAAUAAUGAGCGUGAUACAACUGAUGUUAUAACUGAAUCACCAAUACGCAAAGGAAUUUUUACAUUUUGGCGUAAAGCGGUUCAUGCUGAAAAAGGAGGCUUUUCAGAUGAUAAGAAAGACAAAUUGGAGGCUUCACCGAAGCCUCAUCUUAUUCAACAACAACUGGAACUUCCAUCUGAUUUUAUUGCAAGUCAAGCAACAUCAUCAUCUCCGCAGAUAAUUUCAACAGUGUUAGUAAAGAAUUCUGUAGAGGAACCGAGAAAUAAUUUGCAUGUGAAAAGCGAAAAUAAAAAAAUGAGUGCAAAUCUCUAUGUCAGGAACGAGCCUUCCACAGCUUCAGGUAAAGAUAAUGGCAAACAUGGGAAGUUUAACUUGUUACAUUUUUGGAGAUCAACAGACAAAGGAAACAAGCUAAAUUCGGAAAUUGCUGAUAUGAAUAACAGUGAGGAACCUCUCAAUCACACAUUUAAUUUCGAUUCAUCCCGUGAGAAAACAAAUGUUCAAUUAACUACAAAAGCCAAAAAGGAACCGAUUAUUUAUGUAAUCAACAAGGAUGAGAGUGAAUUAACUCGUUCUGUAGAUAUGAAAGAAGGGUCGUUAAAUCAUAGUCCAGUAUCACUGCCAAGUCAAAACAGCAAAGCAAAUAUGGAAACGAAAAAGAAUGCUAUCAUCUAUCUUGAACGUAAUACUGACUUUUCCGAUGGCGCAACAUUGAAUUUGAAUGGUAGUCCUGGAAUUUUUAGGCAGGAAAAUGCGGCAGUAGCGAUGAAUGAAAUCUCAUCUCAUACAUUACCAAAGAAUAAUGAAAGCGUUAAAUUAGGCAGCACAGAGAAAUCGCAUUUAGUGGAUAGGAAUAGUACUCGUUUACCGGAAAAUGUUAAUGAUUCAAUUGGAAGUACUCUGAAAAAGCGCGACAAGAGUGACGGUAUUGGGUAUAUAGCAAGAAUUAAGAUUAAGCAUAAAAUGAGAAAUGCUGGUAACGAUUUGCAGCAAGAUUCAGAUCUGAAAGCAAAGCAUACAAAUGCAUCAGAUGAUGAUAUCAGCAAAAAAUCGACCCUCGUGGUGAAAGGAUUUCAUCUUCGUGGUCCACCAUGUGAUUUGAAACCAAAAAUUGCAGUUCAUAGCAGUACCAAAUAUGAGCCUGAAAAAGAUGCACAUAUAACUGAAGUUUUAGAAACUGGUGAAGUAAUGAUUACGGAGAGGAAGGAAGCAGAUUUCCCCGAUAGUGCUGACAAAUUGAUGCCAUGCGAAAAAUUGAAAGUAAAGAAGUCGACUGAAGGUGGUAUUAUCUUGAAGGAAAACAAAAAAGAUAGUGGUAAAAGUACCAGAGGUAGUUUUUUCUCUUCAUUAUGGCGUGGAAGCAAAUUGAAAAGUAACGAUAAAGACGAGCACCAGAAACAGAAAAAAUUGACAGAGAAAAAUAUUUAUGCAGCCGAAUCAGGAGUGGUGGGAACGAUAUCACCGACGAAUGAAUUGAAAUAUAACAUUCCGCGAACAAAAGUUAUUCUUGAUUCGGACAAACCUUUGUCAAAUGUUAACAAAGUUGAAUGGCAGACAAGACAAGGUUUUAUUCCAGUUUAUGAUUUCUCAUAUGUUCCCAAUUUUCCGAUCUUGCUUGAUGAUACGGAAGUGGCUGCCAAAACAGUUGCAGAUGAUUUAAUAAAACAGGUCAAAUUGGGAGGCAAAGAUGAUUCAAUAAUUACUGAGAUUAUUAAUAAAGCUGGAGAACAAAAAGAAAGUGAAUUGAAGCAACGGUUUAAUCGUCGCUUGAAAGACAAGGAAGAGUGCAGCGAUAUGUUCGUUUCAUCGGAAGAUCAGAACGAAAGUUGGAAACAAGAACAAUCUGCAGUUAUGGGGGAACGAGCUUUGAUGGAAAAGGCGCCGGAAAUUGUCGGAUCCGGAAGGUUAUUACAUGGAAGUGGAAUCAGUGGUGGUGAAACAUCACAUGAGCCGUACAUAUUUACCCAAACACCGCCAGAUAUUCCAGUUCUAGUGGCUCAUGAUACGGACUCCAAAAAUCCAGGUGGUUUUGUGGAGCAAAUCAAUCGACAAGUAACGCAGGUGAUUACCAAAACAUCGCCACCAUCAGACAUUAGAAAGAAGUUAAAGAAAGAAAAGAAAUCGAAGAUAGGUGCAUCACCACGUGAAAACGAGUGUUCCAAUGCUGAAAGCGACGUUUCGUCACACUAUGAUUCCUCUUUCAACCAGAAAAGGGAAAAUAAGCCAGAAGUGACUGGUGGAUUGCCUUCCGAUGAAGCAAAAUUGGACGACCAGCGCAUGCUGCUGAAAGAGCUCAAAAAAGAAAUGUAUGAUCCAAUGAAUGUCGAACCUGUACCAGCCGCACAUUUGGCUGAUGUUGACGGUUCUCUUCAUCAUACAAGUAUUAAAUCAUGGCAGGAAACAAUAAAUGGACCUGAGGAAGUGGUUACCAGUAUUGAUCAUCAAGGAAAUAUUACGAAAAAAAGGAUUAUGACUUCACAUACAGUUCAGCAACAUACGUACCAAACUUCUAAUGCUUCGGGUCAAAAUGGAGAUUCUGAGCUAAAUGUAAUUGAGAUAACGGAGGAGUCACUUAAUAAGAGUGUGGUAAGCUUUCAAAGACCAGUUGCUGAAACAAUGGUUGAUAAAGUGACUCAUGAACCAACAAGUGGCCUCGACGAAAUUAAUGGGAAUGAUUAUUCGGACAUUCAAGGAGAAUUAGUUUCCAGUCGUACUGUUACACAAGGCAAUCGUACCAUAGAAACGAUAACUUAUAAGACUGAGAAGAAUGGUACUGUCGAGACCCACGUUGAACAUCGUGUGACCAUUCAUUCUUGUGAUGAUAUUGAUCAUGAUGCUGAACUGAGCCAAGCAAUUCUGGAAGCGACUAAUAUGAAUCCAGACAUGACAGUUGAAAAGAUUGAAGUGAAACAUGAGUCACAAUGUUAG